AUCAUCAUCAUCAUCAGCAGCAGCAGCAGCAGCAAUAUCAUUAUAAUACCUGGUGGCCGCACGCGCUACGUAUACUUCAUACAUAAGGUCGUUUUGUCCCACCCCUCCCUCCCCCACGUCUAUGUCUGCUUGGCUCGUUCUUCUAGGCGGCUUCCAUUUACCCUUCCAACUAUCAUCUCGCCGACCGUUGAGAGUGUUUCCUCUCUGUUCUUGGGGCGUGCUGCUUGGGGUUUGGUAGACUACAAUUUAAGAGAUUGAGGGAAAGAGGGAAAGAGGAAAAGGAGAAGAAGGAUAGAAAGAAAAAAAAAAUAAUAAUAAGAGGAAAGAAAGGAAGGGAGGAAGAGAGAUAACCGGCAGCUUACCGUAUUCCAGCCAUCGACCCGCCUGCCCUACCUGCCUUACCUACCUUUCGAGUUAGUACCUACACCUAUACACCUAUACACCGCAGCUUACAGUACGCCUCCUUCCCUACACACUCCUAAUAACAACGGUGUCCGCUCCUUUCGGUUGCCCUCUGCUGCCUCAUUCUUUUCCUUCCCCUCAGACAAGGUGCUCGCUACCCCAUCAAUACUCGGUCGAUAAUUCCCUUGUGUCUUUAUGUUGCGAGGCCCGGUUGGGAGUGAAUUCGAUUCAGCAGGAAGGAUCCCCGAGAUCCCUAGGUGGGCGAUAGAGUUGAGGCUUGUGUGAAACCACCGAGAAACCAGACGAAACCAGUGCCUCCACCACCGCUCGUUGAGGGGAACAACACCACCAGAAAAAAAAAAGGAAAAAAGAAAAAAGUUGACCUGGCUGGUCUGUGCUUAGAGCAUAGUCGCGACUGAAGGAGAGGGUAAAUAGGGCUUGAAAUGAAAUAGCAAGUUUAGCACUUGCUCGGGUAUUUGAUUUCCUAGUUAGUCAACCCCGCCGCUUCUCGCUCGCUUUUCAGCUGAAGCUGCUGCGGAUAGCUGAUGGUGCGGAAAUCGCCUUCAGACGAGCUCACGCCCACAGGUUCUCCAAGAUUUAACGCUUUGCUUCUUAGACUCGCGAGGCCCCUCGAGAGAUCAUUGUUUCCCCGGUAUAUAUUGCUGAGAUAGCAUAUUCCUCCAGGUACUCAAUUGGGCGGGUUCGUGUAGGCCCUGACCCUAGAGCUUUGGUCUAAUGAAUCUAAUCAUCAAUAAGAUAUAGAACUAGUGCCCCGUCGCUCGGUCUCGGAUCGAGUUUAUCUUGCUCGCUAGUCGUCUUCCGUGAUGACACUCCACCGAAUAACAACAGCAGCAACUACAACAAACCUCCCUUCCAUCGGAGUACAUGAUCACCACAUCCACAACAUGGACAUGAGCAGUGAAAGCUAUAGAUCCAGGCCACUCGCCAUACCUGCACCUAGAAAUAUUUCUCCCACGUCAAGUCGCGCCAGCUCCCUCCAUGACCAGCCCCCUCCUCCGCCAUUACUUUCUUUACUCCCGUCUGCGCCUUCGAACCGUUUCGAGGAACGGCAGGCGAGUUGGAAGGAUAGUGACGAUGGAGACGAAAGUAUGCCGCGCCGCUGGUUUGGCGAUGUAAGGGAUCGGCAGCCCUCAAGUCACCCUAUUUCGUCUCCGCGAGGCUGGGGAAGUUGUGAGAGAAAACCCCGGAGUCCACGGCAUACUUCGCCUGGAAACUUUGGAGAGCUGGAUAUUAAGAGAGAGCCCAGCCAAUCUUGGCCGGAUGAUUUCCGUGGGAGGCAGAAGCCUCCAAGUCAAUUGAGCAAGGAGUUGAGUAGACCCGCAUCACUGAAAUCAAUUUUGCUCGUGAAAUCUUUGGCCCGUACCUCUGUCCCAAAAAUUGACAUACCAUAUCCCUUUCCACAUAAACCCCGAAACUUUGCCAUCAACUGGCCAUUUAUCAUUUCCAUUGCCCCGGCCUAGUUGGGACAGAAUUGUUGACUUGUGCAAUGACGCUCUCCGCGCAUUAAAUAUAGCAGGCUUCAAGGUGAAGAUUCUAUGCGUGUCGCUAUGCGGGCGUCCGUUCGGGCAUUUGACAAGGGCCUCAUUGGGAAACUUAACGAUAGUGCGAGAUCGGCUCCUUCGCCAUUACCGAGGCAGCGGAUUACCCCCCCCCGCGAUUCUCGGCCAGUGACUCUUGGCUCCGUAAGUGACGAUUUGCCGCUACCGCUGACAAAACGCUGGGAUCAUCUAAAGAGUCAACUACGGGGUGGCUCGACUUCGAACCCUAUACCGAUUCCGGGGCCUGGCUCGCUCAAUACUCCAUUCCAGCGGUGGCAGCAUACUCCCUCGGUCGGCGACAAUUCAGGGUUGGGAAUGGCGCCGGAACAGCAUCCUCCCGUGUUUCCAUCAUUUUCCGAUAUUCGCAACUCUGGCGACAAUGCAAGUGUGUCGUCGUUUGUGACGGAUAACGAGAGUUAUUCAGGUGCGGAUUCCCGGAUGCGCCGAUCUAGGAGUGCUUCUAUACUUGCUCCUGGCAUUGACGAUGCUCAAUCAGGCAGUUGCGAUUUAUAUCAGGAAGACACUGAUUCGCAAAUGGACGAUGCGCCUUCUCAUGUCUCCCAAAUGAAGCGACUCACACUUGGGGCAAGGACACCGCCGAAGUCAAAUUCUUAUCCUACUAACCAUCGCCAUCAAAGAGCUGGUUCGAAAAGGCGGGCUUCAUCGCCCCCGAAUGGGGAUAGGCAAAUAGGGAGCUCGGAGCCCACUAGAAAAGGCCUGCAUUUGGAAGGUUAUGGGAGCAGCGAUAUUUACGAUCACACUCGGAGAACAUCGCCAAUACAUCAGGGCUUAAGAAACUCGCCCAAGUAUCAGCAUUUUAACAAUCCACCGAUUCCCAGAUCAGGAUCAGGAUCGUUUGCGUCUGCUUCUAUAUCAUCUGUGGCAACAUGGUCUACAUCCCUUGGUCAAUUUUCUGCUGCAAGUAGCUUUACUACGGCUGGAGGUGUCUCACCAGCCUCCUCGUUUUCCCCGCCGUUAGAGAUGGAGAUUGUUGGUGGUGACCAGCCGCCUCGGCAACCGCCGCCCUCAGCGAGUGCAAAAGGGCCUAGCACUAGCAGACACAGACAAAUCCCGGAAGCAUCUCCGGCACUUGACGGCAGAGAGAGAGAGGGUCUUGCUUCAAAGCACCACUCAGCUCCGAAAAUGGGUGUGUUCAUGUGUGAAUGCUGUCCUAAAAAGCCGAAAAAAUUUGACACCCAGACGGAGUUGCAGUGCGUCCUAUUUCUGAACUUUUGAUUUUGGUGUGUUCUGACAAAUGUGUAGAUUGCAUGAAAUGGAGAAGCAGUACGGCUGCCAGUAUUGCAAUAAUCGGUUCAAGAAUAAAAACGAGGCAGAGAGGCACCAGAAUUCACUUCAUCUGCGGAAACAUUCGUGGUCGUGUGCAGUACUCUCGAGCGAUUACUCGGCAGCGUUCCACGCUUCCCCUCAACACCCGUCUACUUGUGAAAUAUGCGGUUACUGUGGGAAAGAAUUUCCAAUGCCACCGCAGUGGGGUCAGCGAAUUGACCACCUGACUGGGGAGCACAAGUUUGGAGAAUGCAACCAAUCCAAGAAGUUCUACAGGGCGGAUCACUUUAGGCAGCAUCUAAAACACAGUCACAGUGGGACUAGCGGGAAAUGGACAAACGUCUUGGAGAACGCUUGUAUGAAAGAUGAGAUGCCACCAACCGCUAGCAGUCACCAUGCCAAUAUGGGGUCUGGCACUACGAUGGCUAUUUCAGAGGAGGGUUCAGAGUAAAAGAGAUCAUGGAUAAAGCCUUUCUUUUGCCAUUUUUUGUUUUCCUUAAGAAUUUUUGCUUUUUCUUCCCUGUCCUGCCUCCUCGUUCUUCCCGGGUUUUCAUGUCUAUUUUUUUUUGAUCCGUCAUCCCAUGGCCGCACAUGCCAGAACGGGGAAUAGGACCCGGAGAAUGGUUGGUGUGUUGAAGGGUUUCCAUAGAGAGUUCCGGCCAUGCUGACUGCGUGCGAAACUGCACCUUGAUGCACGCUGACAUCAUCAACACGACCGCUGCGGCUAUGGCGGACAUUGGGAGCAAGCGAUAGACGCGGUUGAACCUGGUUGGGGACAGCCUAUCUGUUUUGUUGAUGUUCACAAUUUUCGAUUUCAUUUCCUUGAUCCCCUCAUCGAUUGGAAUGUUUCCUCGGCUGGGUCAGUGGCGAUGGCGAUGGCGCUUGCUCUACUUUUCUUUGCUUUGCGGGUUUAGCAGCAAAUUGGUCUCCCAGGAUGGCAUCGGGGCGAGGAUGGAAACGGAAAGGAAUAAUGCAAUUUUUAAACGACAUAUACGACACUUCUACGAAUGAACAGCAUCUCGAUUAUUAUCGAGCGGGGGUUUAUUUUUAUUUUUUUACAUAUAUAUUAUAUAUCUCUUUAGGCGUUUUAUGUUUGUUUCAUGCUAUUUUUCUACCACUGUUUUUUUUUUUUUUUGGAAAUCGUUGUUUCAUUUCAUGCUUUCAACUCUGGUAUGAUAUCACGACACGCGAUGGGGGUGUCCCUUUUUCCUAUCUUGUUUUAUGCCUGUCUCUUCUCUUAUAAAUUUUUUUCUUUGAGUUUUUCCUUUUCCCUUUACUUUAAGUUUUAAUUUUCCGGAGUUAACGGUUUGGCGGAAUGUUCUGUCCCGAAGCAUUUACCGACAUUAUUUUUCUUCCCCAUCUCCCCUUUUGCAUGUAUACUAAAUCACAAUGAGGCCGAAUAUCCAUCCAUCAACCUGUUUUCAUUCCUCCCUUUCCUCCUACCUCGAUGAAUUUUAGUAGCCAACCCGUUGGAGAUGGGGAUCCCACUUCGCCCACCCACUCUGGCGGUGGAAAAAAAAGAGAGAGAUAGCAUGCUUCCUACCCAGUCAUAUCUUCCCACUCCCUCAUAUCGUCCAUCCCAUCGAUUUUCCCUUUUCUUUUCUACUGAUUCCUAUUAUCGUUUCCUAACUUCUUUACAGGCGUUCACGAAGGCAGAGUUUUUCAUGGAGGAAGAGUCCGCGUUAUCGUUUGGUCUGAGCCAUUCGAUUGGGCGUCGUGUGUGCGAAGGAUUUGUGAGAGAAAAGAUCGGGGAAGAUGAAGAAGUGGUAAUAGAAAAAAAGAAGAGAGGGAAGCGGAGGAAGUGAGGGGGGGGCAUCCUCAUUUGCACACUUUUUUCUUCUUUCUCCAAUGCCAUGGGGUUCUUGCUUCCUGUACAUACAUACUUUGGCCCGGGUUGCCGUCUCCACAUCAUAUCCAUCUUGUCAUACUAUGCCAUCAUCACAUUUCGAGGAAACCGUAGGGAA